GUAACUUAUUUUGUACCUCUUCCAUUUUUAUUUAUACUAUGCAUUUUUUCUACCAUUCCUUCCCCAAUCUCAAGAUCUCUUAGGAAGUCAAAUAUCCCUAAAAGUGAACGAUAAUGACUCAUUUUAUCCUUCUAGUAGCCACCUUCAUCAUCCUCUUCUCCCCUCCAUCUACCACCGCCGUAAAAACAACUCCGAUCCUCGACAUCAAUGGCCGCCCUCUCGAAACGGGUUCCAACUACUAUAUCCUCCCAGUGAUCCGAGGCCGAGGCGGAGGCCUAACAAUAUCUCCUAAAAACGCUACAGAAUCAUGCCCACUCUACGUAGCCCAAGAAAACCACGAAGUCUCUAAUGGCCUACCCCUUAAGCUCUACACGACUAAUCCAAAUGAAAAAAGAAUCCCUCUAGGCUCCGACGUAAACAUCGUAUUCGAUGCCGCCUCCAGCUGCGUACAAUCCACGGGAUGGACCCUAGCCUUCGACGAGGCCACUGGAAAGCAACAUGUGGGAACCGGAGGAACCAUUGGAAACCCGGGCGUCGACACGUUGAGUAACUGGUUCCGGAUUUUAAAGGGUGGGAAUGGAAAGUACGAUUAUAAGAUUUCGUAUUGUCCCGGUGUUUGUAUUUUUUGUACGGUGAUGUGCGGGGAUGUAGGUGUUUUUAUCGGCGAGGAUGGUACUAGGUUUUUGGGUCUUACGGAUGAUCGUCCUCUAUUGGUUAGGUUCAAGAAAGCUUAAAGAUUUCGACGUGUUAGGUACAUGUGUGAGUAUGUGUUCCGAAAUAUGAAGUUAAACGAGUACUUUGAUUUACGACCAAGUUUUUUUUCUUCUUCUUAAGAAGAACCAUUUCUGCUACUUCUAAUCUUAAAUACUUGUAACUCAAGGUUUAAUUAUGGUUUGCCUUUAUUUGGGUUUUAACCUAUUAAUUAAUUUGUAUGCACCCAUGAAGGGGUAAUGACACUUUGUCAUUAAAGGAGUACUUUAUUAAUUGAUUCGUUCAAUUUUGUUUUUUUACUUGUUUGGGGUUUGCAUAAAUCGUGAAAUACAUUCCUUUAUUGGAAAAAC